AUGUCUUUCUUAUACGGUGCUGUUGCAUACCAAAACACAAUCAUUGCAGAACUCUCUAAUGCCUCAGGUAACAUGAGCCAAAUUGUUCCUGGCAUUCUUAAACAAGUCAAGUUUGAUGACAAGAAUGUUUCUUUCGAACAGCAGCAGUAUCUCUUCUCCCUCAUCUCUCGUUCCAACAAGAUUACAGUUCUUAUCCUCACAACCAAGGAUGUUAAGGGCAACGUUCGUUUCUACGCUGUUGAUCAGAUCUAUCAAAAGUUUGUCAUGAAGUAUCCAAACUACGCCUCACUCGGCCCACUCUCCAAGUCAGGCGAGUUCGGACCAACAAUCCAGGAGAUCUUUACACAGUUAAACAACCCACAGCAACAGAAGAUUGCCGAAAUCAACAGAAACAUCCAAGCCACACAGGAAAUCAUGACACAGAACCUUGCCGAUGCUCUCGUACGUGGUGAGAAGCUCGAAGUCAUGCAGGAAAAGUCAGAAGCCCUUCAACAACACGCAUCAGCCUUCGAAAGAUCAGCAAAGAAGGUCGAACAGAAGAUGUGCUGGGAGAGAUAUCGCUGGUACAUCCUCGGUGGUGCUGUUGCUGCAGCUGUCAUCAUCAUAAUUAUUAUUAUCAUCGCAACUACAGCAGGAAAGAAGAAAUGA